GUUUCCCAUUGCGACAACACAUUUCGGACUUUUAACCUUCUCGACAGGGACUUUUCUUCAAUUCUAUUUGAACGAAUACGUGAAUGACACUCUUGGACUAAACGAACGCAUCCGAAAUACGACUUACCCAACUGGAGGGACACAUACAUAUGAAGGUUUGCAGUUCGCACGUACGGAUAUGUUCACGGAAGCUAACGGGAUGAGACCCAAUGUAUCCCAUACUGCCAUUGUUGUAACAGACGGUCAUAGCGACAAUUUUAACGAAACCGUCGAUCAAGCUCAACUUCUGAAGGAUUCCGGAGUAACCAUUUAUUCCGUUGGUGUCGGGCUUACUGACGAAAAGGAACUACAGCUUAUAGCUUCAAACGCCACCUAUGUUUUCACGGUAGACAACUACGACAGGAUAGAUGAGAUUACAGGACCUCUGGCCGGAGUUACCUGCGCUUCCACUCAUGAAACUACAGAACGGGACUCAUUAUUACAAAAUGUUUAAUCUGAAAAUAUAAUGUAGUCUCUUAUUACAAUAAAUUUAACAAUGGGA